UCCUGUCAGUUGGUCCUAUCUCUGCAGCAGUAGCUUUCUCCACUUCCUGAACACCUCAGCCGCUCCACGGUAUGUUUUCAUCCCGGUUGUCCCCGGAGCCUUUUCUAGCCUCAGCUCCGGUCUAGUAUCCGUCUCACAGCCCGGCUGCCUCCCGCUUUAAUCACGCUACAAACCGGAGUUUUGUGCUCCUGAGCCGGGGGAGCUAGCUAGCUUACCUGGGAGGUUAGCGGAGCGUUAGCCGAGCAGGCAGCGGGGCGAAGGCUCGGUCCGAGCGGCGGGCAGAGGGCAGAGGCAGCGCGCGCAGCAUGGCCGUUGGGAACCACAGCCAGGCGGUGGAGGAGAAGGCAGCGAGCCGGAGUCAGAGUGAAGUGAACAGGAAGUUGAAGUACAUCAGCCUGGCGGUGCUGGUGGUCCAGAAUGCAUCGCUCAUCCUCAGCAUCCGAUACGUCCGCACGUUGCCGGGCGACCGCUUCUUCACGACGUCAGCCGUCGUCAUGGCGGAGGUCCUGAAGGUCCUGACGUGUCUGCUCAUCAUCCUGCUGCAGAAGAGAUGCAACGUGAAGCAGACGGCGUUGUUCCUGAUGGACUCCAUCGUGUUUCAGUAUAAAGACACUCUGAAGCUGGCCGUUCCUUCUCUCAUCUACACGCUGCAGAACAACCUGCAGUACAUCGCCAUCUCCAACCUGCCGGCCGCCACCUUCCAGGUGACGUACCAGCUGAAGAUCCUGACCACGGCUCUGUUCAGCGUGAUGAUGCUGAGGAAGUCUCUGUCCAGAGUCCAGUGGGUGUCUCUGGUGCUGCUGUUCGCCGGAGUCGCCAUCGUACAGGUGGAGCAGGAGGGGAAGAAGGAGGCGUCUGUGUCGGGCAGCUCCAACCAGAACUACACCGUCGGUCUGGUGGCCGUGGUGAUCAGCUGCCUGUCGUCAGGCUUCGCCGGCGUUUACUUUGAGAAGAUCCUGAAGGGCAGCUCUGCGUCCGUCUGGGUGAGGAACGUGCAGCUGGGGAUCUUCGGCAUGGCGCUCGGCAUGCUGGGACUGUGGUGGAACGACGGGGCGGCCAUCGCCGAGCGCGGCUUCCUGUUCGGCUACACCGGCAUGGUGUGGUGCGUGAUCUUCAACCAGGCGUUUGGCGGGCUGCUCGUGGCCGUGGUGGUGAAGUAUGCCGACAACAUCCUGAAGGGCUUCGCCACGUCUUUCUCCAUCAUUGUUUCCACGGUAACGUCCAUCUACCUGUUCGGCUUCCACGUGGACCUGCUGUUCACGGCGGGCGCCGGGCUGGUCAUCGGCGCCGUCUACAUGUACAGCCUCCCCAAAACGGCCGGCGGCGCCGCGUCCUCGAGCACCACCAACGCGGCUUCCUCGCCGUCUUUGGCGUCGACGCGGACGGACGUCGCCCCCGAGAUGGAGGCGUUCCUGCCAAAGUCAGUGCUGAGCGAAGGAAGGCGUAGCGUCUCUCCCGCUCGCCGUCCGCAUGCCAGACUAACCGCUCAAAGCCCAACGGGACGAGGAGGAAGGAGCUGCAGCGUCUCAGAAACCCUGACCGCCCGUCUGUCUGUCCAUUUCCUGUCUCGCCCUCUCUGCCUUAAAACUCUUCACUUUACUAACUGACUGACACGAGGGGAAGCUGAGUGUUGAUAAUGUUGAUUUGUUGUGGGUUUCCUGCUGGAGGCGAGCCUGCCGUCUGAUUGGAUGUUUUCACUGUGCAGCCCGCAACGCCAGGCGAAUAAUGUUUCCCCUGCAACAGGUUUUUGUCAGGAAUGAAAGGGAUGAUUGAUAUUCUUUUCAUCCAUCGGGGUUCAACGUUAAGGUCGGUUUUUUACGCGUUCAGUCGGGCGAUGAGAGAAGAUUCUGCUUGCCUGAAGUCAGUUUUUAUGCGACUGGCCUUCUACGCAAAUAGUUUAUUUUCCAACAAAACACGUGGAAAGAAAUGUUUAAAAAAAACAAAAGAAAGUCCUGACAAAAAGCGC